UUUCUGUCUUGACUUCUGAAGGAGGAGUCUCUGAAAACGUAUUUAAAGCAGUCUGUCCUGACUCAGCUCAGCAGUCUCCAGUCUACCAACUGUUCUCUGUAAUAACUAUUUAAAUCAGUCUGUCCUGACUCAGCUCAACAGUCUCCAGUAUACCAACUGGUCUCUGUAACUUCAUCUUUGUCUCUGUGGUGUACAGUCUUCAGGUGAUGAUGGGGGUAUUGAGUCACCUCUCUACUCUCCUCCUUCUCUCUCUCCUUCCUCCUGCUCUCUCUCAUGUAGUGGUUAAGUUCAGUGAUGUUCCACAGUGCAAGACGUUCUUCCUGGAGGGGACAACUCCAAAUCUCACAGGUAUUUUGGUUGGUGGGACGGUCCAGAACCAGAACCGCUACAAGCCUAUUUGCCAGUUGUACAAGAACAUCUCCAGGUUUGCAACUCUCUACGACACGACCAACAAGAUCCCUGUGUUCUCAGCCUACACCUUCACUGGUAAGGUAGUUGGUAGACCAAGUCAGUCCUGGAUGAUAGAGCCUCAGGUAGUUCUAAUCUCUAUUCAUUCAACAUGUGUAUUUAUUACUGGUAUACUGUAUAUCACAGACAGUUAUGUUACCAAGUCAGUCCUGGAUGAUGGAGCCUCAGGUAGUUCUAAUCUCUAUUCAUUCAACAUGUGUAUUUAUUACUGGUAUACUGUAUAUCACAGACAGUUAUGUUACCAAGUCAGUCCUGGAUUGAUGUUUCUGCAGCUUGAAGGAGUAGAAGAAGAAGAGAUGAAAACCCAAAGUGUGGUGAAGAAGCGUAAUAAUAAUAAAGAUAUAAGAUUCCAGGCUGUGAACAAAGACUACGACAACAACAACCUGAGUCUGCAUAAAGGUCACUUGUUCCCAUGUUCCUACGCACCUAAUAAUGAUACCAAGAGGUCCACUUUCACCCUGACGAACGCCGUUCCCCAGUACCAAAACUUCAACCAAGGCAGAUGGAGUCAAAUGGAGGGCAAAGUCAGAGAAGCUCUUGUGAAGAACUGUAAGGAUAACAACAACAUGAUAAAAGCCUAUGUGGUGACUGGAGCCGUGCCCAGCAACAACAACACACUGAACAACAGAGUGAACAUCCCGUAUCUCAUGUGGACAGCCUACUGCUGUUACAACAACACGAAGAACUGGACGGUCGGAGCAUACUGGGGGGAGAACACAAACGGCAGUGGGAGCAUAUUGAACCUGGAAACCUUGGGAAAACUCGAAGCCAAGUUGAAUCAAAGCUACAAUGGUACUGUCAAGGUGUUUCACGAUAAUUGUCCAAGAAACAUUACAGUACAACAGGUUAAUACGAGGACCAGGGAAGAGACGGAGAGUGAAUGUGUUGAAAUUUCAUGAGUUUUGAGAGGGGAGCAGA